UGCUUGAAGAGGUUUGUUCGAGCAGACGAGUUGACUCGACACCAGCGAAUUCACUCGGGCAUCAAACCCUACACCUGCAACUUCUGCGAUCGAUCGUUCUCCCGCACCGACCACCUGACCACCCACGUUCGCACCCACACCGGCGAGAAACCAUACUGCUGCGACGUCUGCUUCAAGAGGUUUUCGAGGAGUGACGAGAGGACCAGACACAUGAGG